AUUUUCCAUCCCACUUUGCAAGCAUACAACACUCAUCUAUCGAUAUCUAGCACAUGUUAAAGAUGUCAAGAGCGGAGCAAAUUAAGUCGUCUUGGUUUCCUUAUCCUUCUUCAUUUUGUUCUCCUGUUCAUGCAGCGGACAAGGACUCACAACAGUUCGAGAUAGACCAAGAAAAGGGUAAAGAAUCCCUUCAGAAACUAGACCAGCAGCUGCAAGCCCUCUCCAAGAAACAAGCUCAGCCCUCCCAAGAUUAAAGGCAAUUUCUCUCCAUCCCAUGCAUCAUCAACUGUCUCUGUAAAUUCUAUAGGAAAAAUUUAGAUGGAUCUUUCCAAAUUUCUAUGAGCUUUGUAGCUUCUUCAAUGAUUAAGAACGCUUAAGCUUAUAACACAUGUAGUGUUUUCAACUGAUUACAGCUUCAGAAGUGAAAUUUGUAAGAGAUGAAAUCCCAGAGGAGAUGUCAGAACU